AUGGCCGCCACUACAGACACGAGCAAAUACAAGCUCAACCACUCGAUGAUUCGAGUCAAGGACCCCAAGGCGUCCGUCAAGUUUUACGAGUUCCUGGGAAUGAAGGUGGUCAAGGAGUUCAAGGCGCCUGAAGCCAAGUUCGACCUGUACUUUAUGGCCUACGACAGCCCCGGUGCCGUCUCGCACGGCAAGGACGCCAUUGACCGCGAGGGCGUCAUCGAGCUGACCCACAACUACGGUACCGAGGACGAUCCGUCUUACACGGUCAACAACGGCAACAAGGAGCCGCACCGCGGCUUCGGCCACACGUGCAUCAGCGUCGACAACAUCCAGGCCGCGUGCAAGCGCAUCGAGGACGCCGGCUACAAGUUCCAGAAGAAGCUGACGGACGGCCGCAUGAACCACAUCGCAUUCGCGCUAGACCCGGACGGCUACUGGGUCGAGAUCAUCGGGCAGCGGCCCGUGGAGGAGACGGCCGAGGUGACGACGACGGACGUGACCACGUACCGCAUGAACCACACCAUGAUCCGCGUCAAGGACGCGCAAAAGUCGCUCAAGUUCUACCAGGACGUGCUGGGCAUGUCGCUGGUGCGAACGCACGAGGCGGCCAGCGCGGGCUUCAACCUUUACUUCCUGGCGUACCCGAGCGCGCAGCCGCUGCCCACCGAGGGCAACACGGCGCAGCGCGAGGGCCUGUUGGAGCUGACGUGGAACUACGGCACGGAAAAGGACGAGUCGUUCAAGUACCACAGCGGCAACGAGGAGCCACAGGGCUUUGGGCAUAUUUGCAUCAGCGUGGACGAGCUGGACGCGGCGUGCAAGCGGUUCGACGACCUCAAGGUGAGCUGGCGGAAGCGGCUCACGGACGGGCGCAUGAAGAACGUGGCAUUCCUUCUCGACCCGGAUGGAUACUGGGUCGAGGUGGUGCAGAACCCGGCCCACAGCGACAAGUACAACGUGGAGUAA